UUGCUAGGGUAUAAAUUGCAGCAGAAGCGCCUGGUAGAGGGUUUUAGGGCGUAAAAGAAGAAACGUAGCCGUAGAAGAGGGCUCUUUUUCGGGCGACCAAACUUUUAUCUUGCUAAGAAAAUCUUUCCAAAGGUACGCGGAUUUACAGACUCCCCCAGAUCCCCUCAACCAAACCCUAGGUUCUUCUUCUCAUUCUCCAUCACUGCCCGCUUCGUCUCUUGCCGAGAAGCUGCUUUCACUUCCCCGAUUCACUGUUCCUGUUCCCGGUUGCUGUGAAUUCGUCUCUUCGUCAGUCUCGCUGACGAUUCGUGAUGUUGUGUUUUUCACUGUGUUCGCAGAUGGAUCGGUACCAGAGAGUUGAGAAGCCGAGAGCUGAGACUCCUAUCGAUGAGAACGAGAUUCGAAUUACUAGCCAGGGAAGGAUGCGCAGCUAUAUCUCCUACGCCAUGAGCCUGCUUCAAGAGAAAGGUGCAGAUGAAAUUGUAUUCAAGGCAAUGGGAAGGGCCAUCAAUAAGACCGUGACCAUAGUGGAACUUAUCAAGAGGAGGAUCGUUGGUCUUCAUCAAAUCACAUCAAUUGGGUCCACUGAUAUAACAGAUACUUGGGAGCCCCUCGAGGAAGGACUUCUUCCUUUGGAGACUACAAGGCAUGUGUCAAUGAUUACAAUAACGCUCUCCAAGAAGGAAUUGGAUACAGCUUCUGUUGGGUAUCAGCCCCCAUUACCUGAAGACCAGGUGAAAGCCUCAACAGAUUAUGAAUAUGAAGGAGGAGAGGGAUCUCCUAAUGGCCGAGGGAGAGGUCGUGGUGGCAGGGGAAGGUCAAGGGGCAGAGGGAAUGGAUAUGUGUCUGGUGAGUACGAAGAUGGUGGUUGGGACCAACAAGGCUAUUCCAGGGGCAGGGGUAGGGGUCGGGGUAGAGGACGUGGCGGAUUCCGCGGCCGUGGUAGAGGUGCCUAUAAUGGUCCUCCUCCUGCUGAACCACAACAGGAAGAUGGUGGCUUCUAUGAUGCUCCUCCUCAAGCCCGCGGGCGUGGCCGUGGGAGAGGUGGAUACCGUGGAAGGGGCCGUGGUGGAGGUAGAUCGAAUGGACCAGCAAUCCAGGCGGCUGCUUGAUAAUGAGACGUUACGGUCUUCAACUGGGAUUCUGGUCUCCCUCUUGAAUGCAGUUUUCUUCUCCUGGCAAUGUUUUUAUCAGCUCGUUAUUAUCCGCUUUUUGUUUGUUCUUUCCAAAAUUUUGGGAUUCUGUCGCGCGCUUGUUUGCCGGUUUGGUGGCAAGUUAGGGAUUCUCUGUGUUUAACUGUUAGGACAUUUUCUUCCCAUAUAUGUGUAACCACAGUUUAGACUAAUCCUUUGUAGUCUUGAAAUUUGUUGUGUUUUAGGUCGUUUUAGAUUGUGGUUGAACAAAUAACACUGUAACAAUCUCCCUUUUUAAGUUGUUACGGUAAGCAUUCUUUUAUU